UUUGCAAACAUUCCGCUCCGCCUCGGAUCAGCAGCAUGUCAGCGGAGAGCCGUGCGUAAAGAAGCUGCGUGAGGCGUUCAGGAACGAGACGUUUCACACACAGUUUCACCUCAUUUCUGCGAGGAAGGAAGGAAAAAAAAAACCCUCUCUGCUGAUUAGAAGACGACGCAGCCGGCACUCCUGGUUCUCAGCUGCUGCACAGACGGUCGGACGCGUCGCUCUGCCGAGGAUAAUAACACCUGUUUUAUUAUUAUUAUUAUUAUUAUUUAUUAGUGAUUAUUAUUAUUAUUCUGUUGAGGGGGAGCAGCUGCCUCCAUCAGGUGCAGAGAGAGAGAGAGAGAGAGAGAGAGAGAGAGAGAGCAUCAGAUCCGCCCAGCAGAGAUGGCGAAGGCAGACCAGCGUUUCGGGCAGCGGGACGGCUCCGACCAGAACUUUGACUACAUGUUCAAGCUGCUGAUCAUCGGGAACAGCAGCGUGGGGAAAACCUCCUUCCUGUUCCGCUACGCCGACGACUCCUUCAGCAACUCCUUCGUCAGCACCGUCGGCAUCGACUUCAAGGUGAAGACGGUUUAUCGCAACGACAAGAGGAUCAAGCUGCAGAUCUGGGACACGGCGGGGCAGGAGCGCUACCGCACCAUCACCACGGCGUACUACCGCGGCGCCAUGGGCUUCAUCCUCAUGUAUGACAUCACCAACGAGGAGUCCUUCAACGCCGUCCAGGACUGGGCGACUCAGAUUAAGACGUACUCGUGGGACAAUGCCCAGGUCAUCAUGGUCGGCAACAAGUGCGACAUGGACGAGGAGAGAAUCGUUCCUCCGGAGAAAGGCAAACACCUCGCCGACCAGCUAGGCUUCGAGUACUACGAGGCGAGCGCCAAGGAGAACAUCAACGUGCGGCAGGUGUUCGAGCGGCUGGUGGACAUCAUCUGCGUGAAGAUGUCGGAGCGCGUGGACGUGGAGGUCCCGGCCGCUCCGGGGACCAAGACCACCAGACUGACGGACAAGCCCGCCCAGCUACCUCAGAAGUGCUGCUGAUCGCCUCCCGUCCCCCUAAAGCUCUCCAAGAAAAAGAAAAAAACAGAUUUAACUAUUGUAACAUUCCUCCACUCUCUCUCUCUGCUUCGGUCCAUGUUUGUGAGCAGUCAAUAAUCACUACUGCCAGUUAUUUAGUCCGUCUCAUCCCCGUCCCGUCUCCAGUUCACCCAGUUCACCCAGUUCACCAGGUCGUCUCACGGAGGCGGAGGAGCAGCGCGGCAGUGCACGCCGCUGCACAGAAACUCUUAAUGUGGCGGGUUUAGAAGCACAAUAACUUCUCAAAACAAAGAUAAAUCAACAAAAAGCACAACAAGGGAGCUAAUAUCAUAUUAUACCGUAUCAUUUAAUAUAAUUGAUGCCUUUCUGAAGAGUUAACGCUUGAAAAUAUUCAGCAGCAAAUUCAAAUUCUGCCCCAGUUUACAGGGUGAACGACAUGUUUACUGUUAAUAAACCUGCCGUAUUAAAACAGGAAACAAGUUGUUCAGUCCAACACUGUUCACCACAUCAUUAAAAAAAACGUUUUUCUGCGUUUAGUCAGGACGUGUAAAAGAACUGAGACGGUAUUAGAGGCGAGGCUCCGUUCAUUCCUAUGAAAGUUGCUUAGUUGUGCAUGAAGCCAAAAAAAGUUCAACUUCCAUGCAUGAAAUUCAGAGCAAAUUCAGUUGUCUACUUCCAGUUUCUGCUAAUUUGAAUGGUGAUAAAAAUGUUUUUCUUUUAAAAAAUGCAGCAAAUUGACUUCAGGCCGGAUUCAAACCCCCGACAAGGACUCGGCCUUAGUGGUAUGUGCUCGGAUUUAAUCAUUUUUGACUCUUAUCAGACCAAAUUUAGCAAAUUUUGUGAGCCAAUUUUACAAGUCAUUUGGCUCGUUACCUUAAAGAAAAUGUUUCUGCUGACACGGUGGAGCAGUGGUUGCAGUGGUUGUAGUGGUUGUAGUGGUGCACUUCGCCUCACAGGGAGAAGGUUGCAAGUUCUGCUCCCACAGUCCAAAGACAUGAAGCUUGGGCUUAAUUCUUUAACUCUAAAUUGCCCGUAGGAGUGAAUGAGAGCCCUCUGCAACCUAAGAUCAGAUAAUCGAGAAUUCUUUAACUAAAGAAUUUAUAGACGCGACUUUUCCAGCAGAAGUUUAAGAGAAAAGAUGUUUUUUUGACAAACUCAGAAGUUUUAAUUUUACCAUUUGGCCCAUACACUGCAAGUUAUUUGGUACAUACCAAGAUAAAUUUCUUCUUUUUAAAGUGUUCAACAUGCUUAUUUCUAGAUUUAAUCAUCUCAAUUCAAGAAAUAUUGUCAAGUGAAAUAAUUUCCCUCAGAUUUACUGUUUUAUCUGGUUUUUAGACUAAACACAUUUUUUGCAUACUCAAGUAAAGUACAAGUACCUCCAAAACUGUACUUGAGUAAAUGUACUUUGCACCACUGCGAGUGUGUUUGUUGCUCUGAGCUUAAACCAGAAACCCAAAUAAUCCAGUUUUAUAUGAUAUUAUCGGUUUAAUCGAGGUAAAAAACGACAGUAAUUAUAAAGAUUUAGAGAUGUUCAGCGUGCUACACACUG